AUGAAGAUUGAAAUCGCGACGUCUAUUGACGAGCUCGAUUUGACCAAAUGGGACACGCGGCGUAUAGCCUACCUGGCCGCCGCUGUGAGCGUGGUGGUGUCGGUCGUGUUGUCACUUCACCUCAUCUAUAAGCACCUCCGCAACUACACCCGGCCCAAGCUGCAGCGUUGCAUCGUCCGCAUCAUCCUCAUGGUCCCCAUCUAUUCGCUGUGCAGUUGGUUCUCUCUGAUGUACCUCGACCACGCCAGCAUCAUCGACCUUUUCCGCGAUUGCUACGAGGCCUUUCUCUUGUACCAGUUCUUCGUGCUCAUCGUGGCGUUCAUCAACGAAUACGAAGACGAGCACCAGGACGAAGAAGACAGGCAAGCCGAUAGCUACUACGAUGAAGAGGAGGAGGACGAGUUUGUGCGACAGCAGGAGAAGAUGCCGCUCAAGGGCGCUCCGGCCUCGCCCGACAUGAAGUUCAUCGGCUCGCACCUGGUGUGGGCUGACGAGGAGCGUGUGAUCCACGUUCUCAAGUCCAAGCCGCCCAUGAAGCUCGGCGACGGCUGUGGACCGUGCUUCACCUGCAAGUGCGGCUUCUUCGGUCCCGGCAGGAAAUUCCUUAAGUGGACCAAGCGCUGCAUCAUGCAGUUCGUCAUCAUGAAGCCCCUGCUCGCCCUCUCAGUGAUCGUGAUGGAAUGGUUUGAGGUGUACCACGAGGGCUCGUUCUCGCCGAAGGCGGGCUACUUCUGGGUGGUGGUCACCCAGAACGUGUGCAUCACCCUCGCCAUGUACGCCCUCGUACUCUUCUACCAUGCCGUCGCCAAGGAGCUCCACCCAUUCAAGCCUAUCCCCAAGUUCCUCUGCAUCAAGGCCAUCAUCGGUUUCGCCUUCUGGCAGAGUGUGAUCAUCUCGAUCUGUGUCCACUUCGGGUGGCUUAAGGGCAACGACACCUUCUCCGUUGAGGAGCUCGCGGUCGCCCUCCAGGAUUGGCUCAUCUGUAUGGAGAUGCUUGGAAUCGCCAUCGCGCACAUCUUCAUCUUCGGCCAUGAGUCCUAUCGGGACCACACGAAGGAGAUCUUCAUCAGGGCGCCCAUCAAGAGUCUCAACUCGUUCGCGGCGAACCUUUUCGACGUGGUCCUCAUCAAGGACGUCAUUCUCGAGGUGGUCACGGCCUUCGAUCCGCGCGUCAAGGACAAGCGAACCUUGCGAUCAGAGCGCGAGAAGAUCGAAAAGAGCAUCGCCGCCGCCCAGGAGCCCGCCGAGCCCUACCCCUACUACACGGAGGAGGCGGAGGAGGAGCACGGCCGCCCGCAGCAGCAGCAGCCGCCGCCCAGCCACCACUACUGA